AUGAAAAUUUUUAAUCAUUUGAUUUGGCCAAAUAAUAAAGAAUUAUUGGUCGAUUAUGAAGAGGAUGAAUUGAAUAUUUUGAUGGAAUAUUAUAAGGCCAUUAUUGAUAAUAAUGUUUUUGAAGAAUGGAAUAAUUACAAAGCAAUAAUUUAUGCUAAUUAUAAAACAACAAAAUUGGAGUUGUUGCUUCCAAAGUUAUUUGAAAAUUAUUUUGAAACUUUUCCAAAUAUAUUAAAGUUAUUGAGUAUUAUUUACUCAAUUCCUUUUUCAAGUGUGGAAUGUGAGAGAGAUUUCUCAAAGCAAAAUUUGAUCAAAACAGAUUUGAGAAAUAAUCUAAAUAAUGAAACCUUAAAUUUACUAAUGAUGAUAGGGUUAGAUGAUGUAGAUUUAUUGGAAUUUGAUUUUAGCCAUGCUUUGGAAAUUUGA